AUGGAAGCUCCGGUGCUGAAUUCGAGGUACAGCUACCAUGCCAUAUUUACGGAUAUAUGUAAGACGCGGUUUAACCACCUUGUGACGCGGCUGUUUGUUACGUCCUCUACGCUCGAGAUUCUGGUGUUCUCUGUGCUGACCAAAGGAGACAGCUCAUUGAUAGAGUCUCUUUUCCUAUUUACCCCAAAGUUUGUGGUGCUUAAUAUAGCCUCGUUAUUGAUAAUAGUGGCAAGAAAGAACUAUAUGCACGUCCAAUCCUUUGGAUACAGAAACGACAUCACAUACGUACUGGGCCAGGUGUUCUCUUUGAAAUCAUUGAUAUUCCUCGCCGUGUACACUAUGGCAAGUGUCCUUGUGGGGCUUGUACUUGGAGGAAGUGUGAACAUUAGUCCUGCAGAAUCUAUAUACAGCAGGUUGUUGACAUGGUGUGUGCUCCCAUUUUUCUACACAGUUCAACAUAUAUUAUUUGAUAGAGAUAGGUUGUCCUUCAGCUUUGAUAGCCAAUUCCAGCCACCACAGGAAUACAUUACUUCGAAACUGGGCACCAUUGCAGUCCGUAGCGGUAUUUUAUCCACUGCGUUCCUGCUGUUGCAUCCUUUCGUGUUCGGAUUCACUUCUUCGACAUGGUUUUUGAAUAUCUCAACAGUACUGAAAUUGACGUUUCUAUCGUUCAUCGUUUUUCUGAACUUUGAGUUCAUUAACUUGGGGUUUGAUUCUCACAUGAGCAUUGGCUGUCUGCACAAGGGCAAGCCAAUCUCAACCCUUUCAUCAACACCAAUCGAGACUUUAAUCGAUGGUCUCCGCUCAAAGAAGCCUUUCACGAAACUAACUGCAUUUCAAGAAUUGUCUUAUCGUGCCACUGCUAUGAGCGUUUCUUUGAGAGAUCCAAUUUAUCACACCCGUUAUAGAAAUCAGAAUUUGUGGAAUAUCAUAUUAAAAGAGUGUAUUGAUGUUAUUGAGCAAUCAAACACCUCUGUGAUAAAAUUCUUGGAAACCUUGCAAAACAAACCAAAUAAAUCAAAGAGACCAGAAAGAUCUUUUACGAACUCGAUUAAUGACCAUGCUAGGGAUGAACUUUUUGGCAAUGUUCCUGAAAGUAUGGCACAACCAUCUUCAUUGAAUUACGGUAUAACUUCACAGUCAUUUAGAGAGUCUGAUCACAAUAACAAGCUACCCUUAAAGAUGGAAAAUAUCUUGAUUCAAAAUAAACGCACUUCUAAUAAGAAAUCCAGAAUAAAUCAAACAGAUGAUUUUGUUUUCGAUCAUGUUCACAGAUAUGAUGAGCCUAUCAUAACCCAUGAGCCAUCUAUAGUGAAAUUUAUUAGAGGUAUUAAUCUUUAUAUCAGAGGCAAAUUGAGCUCCGUGUUUUUCCCUUCAGGCACCAAGAGUAAGGACGAAAAGCUUGAUUUGGCGUCAAUAUUUGAUGUAUUUUUAUCAUCCAAGAAGAGGCAGGCUGAUAUUUUAGUACCAUUGGCAUCUUGUAAUGGAUGCGCAGUAGUUGCAUUGAUGGGAUUUUUAGUUAAAUCGCAUGCAGAAGAUCAGAAAGGCGUUGUUGUUGCUUCAGUCGGUGAAGUACUCAAGGUUUUGGAAAGGUCAGUAGGCGUUUUAGGAAGAUUUGCUGACUGGGAUCCUAAGUCUAGUUUAACCGCUACUUUGUUUAAUAAAGAAGUUGAGCAAGGACCAGACGCUGUCUCGGUUCUAUACAAUUUAUGCAUUAGUGCAUUCCUGGAAAUUGUCCUUAAAUAUAACGCAUUACUAAAUGAGGUUUACCUCGAUGAUGAUGUUUUGAGACUAAGUAGAUGGGUGUUGGAUAUCUGCAAUACCGAGAGCAUGUAA